UAUACGACAAAGAAAACCACAUCAUACAUUGCAUCACCUCCCAAUUCCGUUUUAUUUUUCUUAAACCUUUUGCUCUCCUUGCUUUUUACCAUGUUUAGUCUUUGAGCUCUAAUAAUAACAAUAUCUAUCUGUCAAUCCCAGAAAAACGAAGCCUCACCAACCCCAAACAAAUUACCUCACUCUCCUUUAGAUCUCGCUUCCGUCAGUCAAUCUUUUCUCGGAUCAUUGCCAUGGGUACUUUCAUAAUAUCAGCUUCAGAAAAUCCUUUCAAUACCAUUUUGAAGACUUUGGAGAGGCCAGAUGGUGGUGAAUUCGGAAAAUACUAUUGUUUACCCGCUCUCAAUGAUCCAAGGAUCGAUAAACUUCCUUACUCUAUUAAAAUACUUCUUGAAUCCGCGAUACGUAACUGCGAUGAAUUUCAAGUUAAGAGUAAGGAUGUUGAGAAGAUAAUUGAUUGGGAGAACACAUCUCCCAAGCAGGUUGAGAUUCCGUUUAAGCCAGCUCGAGUGCUUCUUCAGGAUUUUACUGGUGUUCCUGCUGUUGUUGAUCUUGCCUGCAUGCGAGAUGCUAUGAACAAGCUUGGUGGUGAUUCUAAUCAAAUUAAUCCACUGGUUCCUGUAGAUCUUGUUAUUGAUCACUCAGUUCAGGUUGAUGUAGCACGAUCAGAAAAUGCAGUGCAGGCAAACAUGGAACUUGAAUUCCAAAGGAACAAAGAAAGAUUUGCUUUUCUCAAGUGGGGUUCAAAAGGAUUCGAUAACAUGCUUGUUGUUCCUCCUGGAUCAGGAAUAGUACAUCAGGUCAAUUUAGAAUAUCUUGGAAGAGUUGUUUUCAACACAAAUGGCAUGCUUUACCCUGAUAGUGUUGUUGGAACAGAUUCACAUACAACUAUGAUUGAUGGAUUGGGUGUUGCUGGCUGGGGUGUUGGUGGUAUAGAAGCAGAAGCUGCCAUGCUUGGCCAGCCCAUGAGCAUGGUCUUGCCAGGUGUUGUUGGGUUUAAACUAUUAGGAAAGUUGAGAGAUGGUGUGACAGCUACUGAUUUGGUGUUGACAGUUACUCAAAUGCUGAGGAAGCAUGGGGUUGUUGGCAAGUUUGUGGAAUUCUAUGGGGAAGGCAUGCGUGAAUUGUCAUUGGCAGACCGUGCAACUAUUGCCAACAUGUCUCCUGAGUAUGGUGCAACAAUGGGAUUUUUCCCUGUGGAUCAUGUCACGCUGCAGUAUCUACAACUGACUGGCAGAACCAAUGAGACUAUUGCUAUGAUAGAAUCCUAUUUACGGGCCAAUAAGAUGUUUGUGGAUUACAAUGAGCCUCAGAUUGAGAAGGUGUACUCUUCCUACCUGGAAUUGAAACUUGAGGAAGUUGAACCCUGUAUAUCAGGGCCCAAGAGGCCGCAUGAUCGAGUUCCUUUGAAAGAAAUGAAAGCAGAUUGGCAUGCAUGCUUAGACAACAGAGUUGGAUUUAAGGGAUUUGCUAUUCCAAAGGAAUCUCAGAGCAAGAUUGCAAAGUUUUCAUUUCAUGGGACUCCAGCAGAGCUAAGGCAUGGAGAUGUGGUUAUAGCUGCUAUUACUAGUUGCACAAAUACUUCAAAUCCUAAUGUGAUGCUUGGAGCUGCUCUGGUUGCAAAGAAGGCUUGUGAAUUAGGAUUGGAGGUCAAGCCAUGGAUUAAGACUAGUCUUGCUCCAGGCUCUGGGGUUGUAACCAAAUACUUGCAAAAGAGUGGUUUGCAGAAGUAUUUGAAUCAGUUAGGGUUUCAUAUAGUUGGGUACGGAUGCACUACAUGCAUUGGGAAUUCAGGAGAUAUUGAUGAAUCUGUGGCAUCAGCUAUCUCUGAAAAUGAUAUGGUGGCCGCUGCUGUGUUGUCUGGAAACAGAAACUUUGAAGGACGUGUACAUCCUUUGACAAGGGCUAACUAUCUUGCUUCUCCUCCUCUUGUUGUUGCCUAUGCUCUUGCUGGCACUGUGGAUAUUGAUUUUGAGAGAGAACCCAUUGGUACAGGGAAAGAUGGAAAAAAGAUCUUUUUCCGGGAUAUUUGGCCUUCUAGUGAAGAAGUGGCUAAUGUUGUACAAUCAAGUGUGCUGCCUGAUAUGUUUAAAGCUACAUAUGAAGCAAUCACCAAAGGAAAUCCCAUGUGGAAUCAGUUAUCUGUGCCUUCUAGCACCCUUUAUUCCUGGGAUCCAACAUCAACUUACAUCCAUGAGCCACCAUACUUUAAAGACAUAACCAUGUCACCUCCAGGUCCACAUGGAGUGAAGGAUGCUUACUGCUUGCUUAACUUUGGAGAUAGUAUCACAACUGAUCACAUCUCCCCAGCUGGUAGCAUCCACAAAGAUAGCCCUGCAGCCAAAUAUCUCUUGGAACACAGGGUAGAUAGAAGAGAUUUCAAUUCUUAUGGAAGUCGCCGUGGUAAUGAUGAGAUUAUGGCCAGGGGUACUUUUGCAAAUAUCCGACUUGUGAACAAACUAUUGAAAGGAGAAGUUGGGCCUAAAACAAUUCAUAUUCCCUCUGGAGAGAAGCUAUCUGUAUAUGAUGUUGCGAUGAGAUACAAGACUGCAGGACAGGAUACCAUAAUUUUGGCUGGUGCUGAAUAUGGGAGUGGAAGUUCUCGAGACUGGGCUGCUAAAGGUCCAAUGUUGCUGGGUGUAAAAGCAGUCAUUGCCAAGAGUUUUGAGCGAAUUCACCGUAGCAAUUUGGUGGGCAUGGGCAUCAUUCCCCUUUGUUUCAAGUCUGGAGAGGAUGCUGAGACUCUUGGGUUGACUGGCCAGGAGCGCUAUACUAUCGAUCUUCCUAGCAGUGUGAAUGAACUUAAACCGGGUCAAGAUGUCACUGUGGCUACAGAUAGUGGCAAGUCAUUCACCUGUACUGUACGAUUUGAUACAGAGGUGGAACUGGCUUAUUUCAACCAUGGAGGCAUUUUGCAGUAUGUCAUUCGGAACUUGAUCUGCUCAAAACAGUGAUUCGGCGAGAAAUAUUUGUCUACAAAGCGGGUCAUGUCGGCAGCUUAUUUGAUGGGUUGGCAUUUUCGGACAUGGGCAAGUAAAAUUGCAGCAAAAUUUAUGAAUAAAAUUAGAAACCCAAGGGUGGGAAAAUUGGGCAUUACGAUUCAAGGCAUGUUUAGAUAUGCAGACAUAUAUGGACCUUUUUCUUUCCUGUCCUCACCUAACUUUUUGGAGGAGGUAUUGACAAAGGGAACAGGCAAAAAAGGAAUAUAAAGAACAAGUACUGUAUUGUAGUGUUAAUAAUAAGGAAUUUUUAAGCAA